AUGAACACUCUGAUGGAUGCUGUGCAUGGCUAUGGUGUGAGCACCACACAGUAUCUACAGACUCACUACAAAGACGCACAGGGCUGGUUCUUGUUUGUCUCCUUUGCUGCUGACCUGCGCAACACCUUCUUCAUCUUCUUCCCCAUUUGGUUCCACCUGAGGACAUCUGUGGGCAUCAAGCUUAUCUGGGUGGCCGUGGUCGGGGAUUGGCUCAAUCUUGUCUUCAAAUGGAUUCUAUUUGGAGAGCGGCCCUACUGGUGGGUCCAUGAGACACCUUACUACAGCAACAUGUCUGUGCCACACAUUAAACAAUUUCCCAUGACCUGUGAGACAGGCCCAGGUAGUCCAUCGGGUCAUGCUAUGGGUGCAGCUGGAGUUUACUAUGCCAUGGUCACCUCCAUCCUCACCAUCAUGCUGAGCAGAAAUAAGACAUGUUCCACUAAGGCACUCAUUUAUGAGUACUUGCGUGGCACCCUCUGGACUCUUUUCUGGACUGUUCAGAUCUGCGUGUGUCUCUCCAGGGUCUUCCUUGCUGCCCAUUUCCCUCACCAGGUCAUUGCUGGUGUAAUUACAGGUAUGAUCGUGGCUGAAGUCUUCAACAGGCAGACGUGGAUCUACUACGCCAGCCUGCAGAGGUACUUCAAUAUCACUCUGUUCCUGCUCGUUUUCGCCGUGGGCUUUUACGUUCUCUUGAAGGCUGUGGGUGUGGAUCUGCUGUGGACUCUGGAAAAAGCUCAGAAAUGGUGCGUGAACCCAGCUUGGGUCCACAUGGACACGACGCCAUUCGCCAGCUUGCUGCGUAACAUGGGCACAUUGUUCGGUCUGGGCUUGGGCCUGCACUCGCCACUGUAUACCGAGAGCAAGAAGAGCACUAGCACCCCCUUCAGGAUCAGCUGUGUGCUCAGCUCUCUCCUCCUGCUCCACCUUUUCGACUCCAUUAAGCCGCCGACGCACACAGCCGCACUCUUCUACCUGCUCUCGUUCUGUAAGAGUGCCACCGUUCCGCUGGUCACCGUCAGCAUCAUUCCGUACUGUGUGUCCGGAGCCCUGAGUUUACCAAGCAAGAAGCACCUCUAA